CAGAAAUCAGGAUAACAAGAAAAUACAGAGAGAUUAGGGAGGGAAGGAUAUCUUUUUUGGUUUUUUUUUUUGACUUUCCUUCCGUAUCUCUCUAUAAUUUUCGCAUUCAAAUCUUUUUUCAAAAUUGAAACUUUUUGUUAAAUUUUAGGAGAAACAAGAACAGCGUUUAUAUGCUUGCCUCACGUUCAUUUGAUUACAAGCCGACGAUCCUUUGACUCUGUUUCUCAUAGUGCGUUUUCCCGUAAAAUAUUGUCCUGAAUCUAUAUCUAAAGUUUCCUCAAUAUCUCCCUGAGAGCUUCGGGAAGGGAUUUGAUUUAGGGUUCUUGUUCCCGAGAAGAUUUAAAUUUCUCAGAGUUGAUUGAUAAUGGGGAAUUGCUGUGGAACGGCGGGAUUGUUAAUUGGAAAUGACAAGCAGAAGAACGGGUUUAAAAUCAUAAAUCCUUUCUCAAACGAUUACGGUCGUCACCACCACGACGGCCUCAAGCUUGUCGUCCUGAAGGAACCAACGGGUCGCGAGAUCAAGCAGAGAUACAAACUGGGUCGCGAGCUAGGUCGAGGAGAGUUCGGGGUCACGUAUCUAUGCACAGACCACGAGACCGGUGAGGUUUUCGCAUGCAAAUCGAUCAUGAAGAAGAAGCUGAGAACGUCGGUGGAUAUAGAUGACGUCAAGAGGGAAGUGGAGAUCAUGAAGCAUAUGCCUAAGCACCCUAACAUCGUCACGUUGAAAGAGACUUACGAGGAUGCUAAAGCUGUGCAUUUGGUUAUGGAGCUCUGUGAAGGCGGCGAGCUUUUCGAUAGGAUUGUCGCCAGAGGGCAUUACACGGAGAGAGCUGCAGCUGAGGUUAUUAAGACGAUCAUGGAAGUUGUUCAGAUGUGCCAUAAACAUGGAGUAAUGCACAGAGACUUAAAACCUGAGAACUUCUUGUUUGCAAACAAAAAGGAAACUGCGUCCUUGAAGGCGAUUGAUUUUGGUCUCUCUGUUUUUUUCCGACCAGGCGAGAGAUUUAACGAGAUCGUUGGGAGUCCUUACUACAUGGCUCCCGAGGUACUAAGGCGGAGUUAUGGACCAGAGAUCGACAUUUGGAGCGCAGGAGUAAUUCUUUACAUAUUGCUCUGUGGUGUUCCUCCUUUUUGGGCAGAAACCGAGCAUGGAGUUGCAAAAGCGAUUCUUAAAUCUGUAAUUGACUUCAGAAAAGACCCCUGGCCCAAAGUUUCUUCAAAUGCAAAAGAUCUGAUCAAGAGGAUGCUUCAUCCUGACCCGAAGCGUCGUCUUACAGCUCAACAAGUUCUUGAUCAUCCGUGGAUACUGAAUGGCAAGAACGCUCCCAAUGUGUCAUUAGGUGAAACCGUAAGAGCAAGGCUCAAGCAAUUCUCUUUUAUGAACAAGCUCAAGAAAAGGGCACUCAGGGUUAUUGCUGAGCAUCUAUCGGUUGAAGAAGCAUCCAGAAUAAUAGAAAGAUUCCAAAUAAUGGACACAAGCAAUAGAGGAAAGAUCACUAUGGACGAGCUAAGAGUCGGACUGCGGAAACUCGGUAUUGUUGUUCCUCAAGAUGACGUUCAAAUUUUGAUGGAUGCGGGAGAUAUUGAUAGAGAUGGAUAUUUAGACGUUAAUGAAUUUGUAGCCAUAUCGGUACACAUCAAGAAGAUGGGAAGCGAGGACCACUUAAAGAAAGCAUUUACGUUUUUUGACCAAAACAAGAGUGGUUAUAUUGAAAUAGAGGAGUUACGAGAUGCUUUGGCAGAUGAAAUUGACACUACUAGUGAAGAAGUUGUCGAAGCCAUUAUCUUUGAUGUCGAUACCAAUAAGGACGGAAGAAUAAGUUAUGAAGAGUUUGCAACGAUGAUGAAAACGGGAACGGAUUGGAGAAAAGCUUCGAGGCAGUACUCGAGGGAUCGGUUUAACAAUCUUAGUCAAAAGCUUAUGCAAGAUGGGUCAUUGCAUUCUAAUGGCGAUACAAAGUAGAGCUUGAUAUAUACUCGACACAGAUACUUGAUCCUCACUCAAGUCGAAUCUGAAUCGAAAGAAAGAAAAAUAUUUGUUCUUUCUUUUGGUGUUUUUUUCUUCACAUUCUCACAACUUGUUAGUUUCGACGGGUAUAUCAAUUAAGCUUUAGCCAGUUAUCUUGCUGAAAGAUCGAGGGAGAAGCCCUGCUUGUACAGAUAAAUUAAUUAAAUGUGAGGAAAAUGAUGAUCAUUAAUAAUGUUGUUUCUUGU